AUGUCUGCAACUCGCAACAGCGAUGCCGUCGCCAACAGCGGCCCUGGUGGCAGCUCAGGCGAAUUCAGCUCCAAGAUCGAGCGCGAUGAGCCCAUGACCACUCACGGUCAUCAACCCGGCAAACUCGUCGGCAACGACAACGUCCCCGAAUUCGAGGCCGAGACCCUCCCCGCCGGCUCCGCCCCGGCCUCACGCACAUUCCAACCCAACAACGCCUCCGAAAUCCCUCCCCAAGCCAACAUGUCCGAUCGCUCCGACCCCGAGUCCGUGCAAGCCCACGCCUCUGACACCAUCCCCGGCGCCACCUCCGGCAGCGUCAACACGGGUCUCGGCAAGCCCAUGCAGGGCCAGACGAGCAACGAGAUGCGCCAUGACGGUGAGAAGGGCAGGAAGAACCCUGGACAGGGCGGCUCCGAGGGGUUGAAGCAGACGGAGGGGUUCAAGACGGUGGAUCCGCAUGACCCGCAGUUCAAGGACCUGCGCGCGCUGGAUAAGGAUGAGGCUGUGAGCCGGGGUACGACUGGCGGGCCGGCGGCGCAGGAGCGUGAGCCUGAGACGGCGACGAGGGUGGCGACCGAGCAUGGUGAUAAGUCUCGCCAGGACCGUGGGACUUAG